CCAAAGCCUCCUUCGCUCUCGUCUUUUUUCUCUCGCCUUCCUCCCUCUAAUCAUUCCAAGCAUAUAUGUAUAGAUAUCUAAACAUAUAUGUCUAAACAUAUAUGUGUAUGAAUAUCCUUUGAGUUCUCAAGCCGAAGCAGAGUUUUCAAAUCGAUCCGAUUUCUCUUUUUUUUCGCCGCCAUAAACAAUCUCCGUCCGAAUCUCCGGCCAUUUUGUCUGGAAUCAGCUGCUUCUCCUUAACAUCUUUUCACGUGUUUCCCAUAAUUGAGCUCUCUCGAGUUACGGAACUUCUCGCACGCGUUUGUUGAUGGUCAUCUAAUAAUAGAAGAAUUGUUCGUACUCCAUAGGCCAGCCGCCAGCCUGAAUUGUCUUCGUUGAUCAUCUUUUUUUUCCUAUUAACAGUGUCACUCUUAUGCGAGGUUUCAUCCUUUUUCUGUAGUAAGAGAUGGUUGCAUUUGGGAAGAAGCUGAAGGAAAGACAAAUUCAAGAAUGGCAAGGAUACUAUAUCAACUACAAGCUAAUGAAGAAAAAAGUCAAGCAGUACACCCUCCAGAUUCAAGCUGGAGCACUAGAUCGCAGAUAUGUUCUCAAGGAUUUCUCUCGCAUGUUGGAUAACCAGAUUGAGAAGAUUGUUCUUUUUCUUCUGGAACAACAAGGCCUACUUGCUAGCCGGAUAGAAAAACUUAAUGAACAGCAAGAUUCUCUUCAGGAGCAGCCUGAUAUAAGUAAGAUAUCAGAGCUCCGAGAGGCUUAUAGAGAAGUAGGGAGAGAUCUUUUGAAGCUUCUCUUUUUUGUUGAAGUAAAUGCCAUUGGACUGCGAAAGAUCCUCAAGAAGUUUGACAAACGCUUUGGCUCUAAAUUCACUGAUUACUAUGUCAAAACUCGUGCUAAUCAUCCCUAUUCUCAGCUUCAGCAAGUUUUCAAGCAUGUGGGGGUAGGAGCAGUUGUUGGAGCAAUAUCCCGCAAUCUUGCAGAGCUUCAGGACCGUCAGGGAAGCUACUUAUCAAUUUAUGACCAGCCUGCUCUACCGCUACAGGAUCCUGUGGUCGACUCUUUAAAAUCAGCUGUUGAUAGAUUAACCUAUUCAACAAAUUUCCUUCACUUCCUAGCGCAACAUGCACUUAUUAUGCAAGAAGAAUUACCUACUCCCAUUGAGGAACAUAUUGAAGAUGGAAGUUACCACUUUAUGUCUCUUCUAUUGAACUUGGCAAGCACAUUUCUUUAUAUGGUCAAUACAUAUAUUAUUGUCCCCACUGCAGAUGACUACUCAAUAAGCCUAGGGGCUGCUGCAACAGUUUGUGGUGUUAUAAUUGGAGCAAUGGCUGUCGCUCAGAUUUUCUCUUCCGUAUACUUCAGUGCUUGGUCUAACAAGUCAUACUUCAAGCCUUUGCUGUUUAGCAGCAUAGCUCUUUUUCUAGGAAAUGUCUUGUACGCGUUGGCUCUUGAUUUCAAUUCAAUAACUAUUCUUCUUAUUGGACGACUAUUUUGCGGUUUGGGUUCAGCUAGAGCUGUUAACCGACGUUAUAUCAGCGACUGUGUGCCACUUAAGAUUCGCAUGCAGGCUUCAGCAGGCUUCGUUAGUGCUAGUGCACUUGGAAUGGCAUGUGGUCCUGCACUGGCCGGGUUACUUCAGACUAAUUUUAAGAUAUACAAACUCACAUUUAAUCAAAACACCUUACCUGGCUGGGUUAUGGCUUUUGCAUGGUUGGCCUAUCUAGUAUGGCUGUGGAUCUCAUUUAGAGAACCUUCUCGUGAAAAUGACGAAAAUCAUGUUUCAGAAGGGUCAAAUAAUGUGGAAAGUGAAAACCUAGAAAAGGGCCUUGCACAACCAUUGCUCCUGACUUCAGAGGAAAACCAGCAACAGGAUGACGACCAAGAUUAUGAUGGAAGUGAAGAAGCUUCUGAGGAAUCUCGUGGGCCAGCCACCUCAAUAGGAUCAGCAUAUAGAUUGCUCACACCUUCAGUGAAGGUUCAACUGUUGAUUUACUUCAUGUUGAAGUAUGCAAUGGAAAUUUUACUCUCAGAAUCUAGCGUUGUUACAACGAACUACUUUAGGUGGUCUACAGGCACAGUUGCAAUCUUCCUGGCAGGUCUUGGCUUGACAGUUUUACCCGUAAAUAUUUUUGUUGGGAGCUACAUAAGUAACAUGUUUGAGGACAGGCAAAUUUUACUUGCUUCUGAAAUUAUGGUUCUCCUGGGUAUACUCUUCAGUUUUCAUGUAAUAGGGAAGUAUACUGUCCCCCAAUAUGUCUGCUCAGGACUCGUAAUGUUUGUUUCUGCCGAAGUAUUAGAAGGUGUCAAUUUAUCACUCCUCUCCCGAGUCAUGUCGUCUAGGCUUUCUCGUGGAACUUAUAACGGCGGACUCUUGUCAACCGAAGCUGGUACAAUUGCUCGAGUCAUUGCAGAUGGAACCAUCACGCUGGCUGGUUUUUUAGGGCAGAAUAAGCUCCUGAAUUUCACCCUUCUUCCUUCAUUACUGAUAUGCGUGGCAUCAAUUAUUGCAACCUGCUGUACCUAUAACUCUCUUUACUAGCUUAAUGUACUGAAGUUCAAUAGCAUCUUCGAUUCUUAAUGCAUUCUUAUUCGAGUUCUUUGUCUCGUA